AUGCCGACGCCUGCGCCGACGUUGAUGCCAAGUCCCGCACCGGUGGUUUCCGACAGCAAUGGCAACGUGUACCCAAUCGACCCCAGCGGCAAGGUCGCGUGCGCAGUGCUCAACAUGAACCACUUGGUCGAAGAGUACGUCGACAAGACCGAGUGCUACAGCGUUGCAGAGCGCCGCGCCCGCAUCCGAAUGCUGCUACUCGAGGCUGCUCGGGCGCUCGAGUACCAAAAGAUCGAGUACUGGCUCGACAGCAGCUCUCUCGCCGGCGCUGUUCGCGAGCGCGAUGUAAGCCCAGACGACGUCGACGCCGCCAUUGGUCUCACGCAAGCGUCCAUGGACCAGCUGCGUCAUUCACGCUUGAUCACAUUGCACCCGCGCUACGCACUCUUCCUCAAGGACAGCCCCCACUACCGUGACGGGCCAUUCCCGUACCCGUCGGGCCGCUUUGUCGACACGCAAACAGGGUUGUACACGAACAUUUUCGAGUUUUUCCCGUCGCGGCAACCGGCCAGCGCCCCGAUCUCGAUCGCGACCGGCACUCUCGGCGCCGAGCUAAUGCCCCUGACCAAAGGAAAUGUGACCGAGAUGCUUGGGCCCGUGGUGUCGCCGCGCACAUCGGCGUGCAAGUACUGCGCCGACGGUGGCCACUUUAACGUGCUGACCGACUGGGUCUUUCCGCUGCAGCCGUGUUCCAUUGACGGCACUGACGUGGUUUGCCCCGCGCGCUCGGAUAAGUACCUUACCCUUAUGUACGGCGACAUGUACAUGGACGAAUAG